CACUUACAGUUAGCAAUGACCACUUGGAAUAGCUUGUUCCUGCUUUUGGGCCUUGGCCUUCUGGCCGUCGAUGCCGCGGCACCCUGGUGGAAGAACGCUUCCUUUUACCAGAUCUACCCGCGAUCCUUCAAAGACAGCGACGGAGAUGGAAUCGGAGACUUAAACGGAGUGACUGAGAAGCUAGAGUACCUCAAGGAGAUCGGUGUGACUGCCACCUGGCUGUCUCCUUUUCUAAAGUCCCCGAUGGCCGACUUCGGCUACGAUAUUUCCGAUUUUAAGGCGGUCGAUCCUCUUUUUGGUUCGAUGGAGGACUUCGAGAAUAUGGUAUCCCGCGCCAAGGAGCUGGGUGUCAAGAUUAUUCUCGACUUCGUGCCCAAUCAUUCCAGUGAUGAGUGCGACUGGUUCCUUCGUUCGGCUGCCGGCGAGGAGGAGUACAAGGACUACUACAUCUGGCACCCGGGAUUCCUCGAUGAGGACGGAAACCGUCGCCCGCCCACCAACUGGGUGAGCGUCUUCCGAGGCAGCGCAUGGGAGUGGCACGAGGGUCGCCAGGAGUACUACCUGCAUCAAUUCCACAAGAAGCAGCCGGACUUCAACUUCCGUAAUCCCGUGGUGCGCGAGGAGAUGAACAACGUGCUGCGAUUCUGGCUGGAAAAAGGCGUCGACGGUUUCCGCGUGGAUGCCAUCUACCACGCCUUUGAGAUUGAGGCCGACGAGAAUGGAAACUAUCUGGAUGAGCCCCGCAACGAUUGGACCAACGAUCCAGAUGAGUACGGAUACACCCACAAGAUCUACACUGUGGAUCAGCCAGAGACUCCGCACUUGGUAUACGAAUGGCGCCAAAUUCUUGAGCAGUUCCAGGCUGACAAUGGCGGUGAUGAGCGCAUUUUGAUGGUGGAGACCUGGUCCCCCAUUGAAAUCGUAAUGCAUUACUAUGGCAACGAAACCGCCGAUGGAGCCCAGAUACCGUUCAACUUCCAGCUGAUAAGCAAUCUGCACUACGAUUCCGAUGCCUAUCACUACGAGUACUUGAUUAACAACUGGCUUAAUCUGAUGCCCGAGGGCAAGAGCGCCAACUGGGUGAUCGGUAACCAUGACAAGAACCGUGUGGGCUCUCGAUUCGGAGCCGAUCGAGUUGACCUCUUCAACAUCCUGCUGCUCACUCUGCCCGGCUGCAGCAUCACGUACCAGGGUGAGGAGCUGGGCAUGCUCGACGGAUAUGUGUCCUGGAAGGACACCGUGGAUCCGCAAGCCUGCAACUGCUACGAGGAAAACUACAUGGAUAACUCCCGUGACCCAGCCCGCACUCCGAUGCACUGGUCGGAUGAGACGAUGGCUGGAUUCACCACUGGCAAGAGCACCUGGCUGCCGGUGUCCACGGAUUAUCGCCAGAGGAACGUCAAGACCGAGCGCGGCGUGUCCUUGAGCCACCUGAACGUGUUCAAGCGUCUGCAGCAGCUCCGCCAGGAGCCCAGCAUUGAGGAAGGAUCCGCCGAGGUCAAGGCUGUUAGCAACUACGUCCUGGCCGUCAAGCGCCACCUGAGCGGCGACUUCGUGUACAUCUCUCUCUUCAACAUCUUCGACUCCAUCGAGAAUGUGAACCUGUCCAAUGUGUUUGGCAGCCUGCCCGCCAAGUUCCAGUACGCCCUGGUCACCGAGAAGUCCAUCAAGAAGGUCGGCGACCAGGUGUCCGCCGGCAGCGUCACCCUCAUGCCCCACGAGGCCAUUGUGCUGCGUUCCACAACAACUGCUUAGUUUACUCCCCUCGUGAUGAAUUAAACCAUUUAAAAGCAUUAUGAUUGAA